CAACAACAGCAACAACAACAACAACAACAACAACAACAACAACAACAACAACAACAACGACAACAACAAGAACAACAUCAGCAACAACGGUGAGCAGCGAAUGGGCGAAAUCGGCGAGACAGGUGUGGAGGACGAUGACAUCAAUAACAACGGUGUCACUCAUCUGCUGCAGGGUGGUGGAGACCAGGCGGAGGAGUGGGAGGUGCGGGAGGUGGAGCAGGGGUUUGGGACAGAGGCAGUGGUUGUGGUGGAGGAGAUGCAGGGAACAGGCGAGAUGGGCAAGAAGGGUAGGAAGGUGGACAGCAACAACAACAACAACAACAACAACAACGACAACAACAACAACAACAACAACAACAACAACAACAACAACAACAACAACAACAACAACAAAAGCAACAACAGCAACAACAACAACAACAACGACGACGAAGAUGGGGGCGCCGACCAUGGCAGAAGCUGGGUAGCAAGUGAUGUUUGCGUAUCCAUGAUCGCCAUCUGCAUGGCAGGACAGAACUACGAUGGCGACAACUACAUCAUCAACAACAACAACAACAACAUUUACAACAACGACUACAAUAACAACAGCAACAUCAACGACGAUGAAGACGGCGGUGGCGAUCGUGGCAGCAGCGGGGCCAGUAGUGAAGAUGGGGGUGGUGACCAUGGCAGAAGCAGGGCAGGGAGUGCUGUUUGUGCAUCCAUGGUUGCCAUCAGCACGGCUGGAGAGACCAAUGACGGUGACAACAACAUCAACGACAACAACAACAACAACAACAACAACAACAACAACAACAACAGCUACAGCAACCACAACGGCAAAGAAGACGGCGGAGGCAAUCACGGCGGCAGCAGCGGCAUGGCCCUCACGAACGAGGUUUUUGACGUCUUCAAGAAGCAUAUCAGAACUCUGCUGCAGGUUUUUCUGUUCCUGGGGAACAGGAGUCACACAGAAGUAAUGCUAGAACAAGAUAUGGAAAUACUGAGAAACGAUGGGGAGGAGGAGGAGGAGGAAGAUGACGAUGAGGAGGAGGAGGAGGAAGAAGACGACGAUGGGGAGGAGGAGGAGGACGGAGAUGAUGACGAGGAGGAGGACGAAGAUGAUGACGGGGAGGAGGACGAAGAUGAUGACGGGGAGGAGGAGGAAGAAGACGACGAUGAUGGGUAGGACGAGGAUGUUCAAACUUCCGAGGUUGAAGCGGGAAAAAAAAAAGCCUACGUGGCAGGUGGAUGAAUAUUUUCCCCCAAAAAAAUAAAAAAUCCUAAUCUGACAGUCAACCGGUUGAAUAUCGAAAUCAAGCUUCAUCGACUUA